AUGUAUGUCAUGCUGGACAGGGAGAAGAAAAGUUGGAUUGUGUCUAGAUCAGAAUUGAGGCAUUCUCACCCCUGUUUGGCUAAGAAAGUGGUCCACUCUCAUGAGUACAGGGAUUUGACAAUGCAUGCUAAGUGUGUCAUUACGGAUAAUGACGAGGCUGGCAUAAGACCCAACAAGACGUAUCUAGCACUGGCAAACGAGGUUGGCAGGUCUUCAAACCUGAGUUUUUUAGAAAAGAAUGUCAGAAAUUACAUCACAAGAACACUCCGAUGUGCUGAUGACAAUGCGGACUUUAAGGAGAUGAUGAAUUAUUUUGUUCGAAUAAAAGAGAUCAAUCCCAACUUUUUUUAUGCAAUAGAUGUUGAUGAUGCUAAUAUGUUCAGGAGCGCACUCUGGGUAGAUGCAAGGUGCAGGGCUUCAUAUGAAUAUUACGAAGAUGUGGUGUCGUUCGACACCACUUACAGAAGAAACAGGUACGGAGAAUUGAAUGCUAAGAUGAAUCACAUUGUGCAUAAUUCUCCUUCUGCUGACUCUUUUAAAGUUGAUUGGGCUGAAUUCAUCAAAGAAUUCGACCUAGGUCAGAACAGAUGGUUAACAGACCUUUAUGCCAAUCGACGAAAAUGGGUUCCAAUAUUCUUCAAGAGUGAAUUUUGGGCCCGUAUGAGGAGUACACAGCGGAGUGAAAGUAUGCACGCAUUUUACGGGGGGUUUUUGCUUUGCAAGAGUGGCUUGGUUCAGUUCGUCCAUGAAUACGACAAUGUGUUUAAAAACAAGGAGUAG